AUGGCGGACGAAGUUUAUGACGGUGCCAUCGGCAUCGAUCUGGGUACCACCUACUCUUGCGUUGCCACCUACGAGGGUAACAAUGUCGAGAUCAUUGCCAACGAGCAGGGUUCCUUCACCACCCCCUCCUUCGUUUCCUUCACGGACAAGGAGCGUCUCAUUGGUGAGGCCGCCAAGAACAAUGCUGCCAUGAACCCCAUCAACACCGUCUUCGAUGCCAAGCGUCUGAUCGGCCGUCGCUUCGAUGACCCCACCGUCAAGAAGGAUAUCGAGUCUUGGCCCUUCAAGGUCAUUGACGAUGCUGGUAACCCCAAGAUUGAGGUUGAGUACCUCGGCGAGAAGAAGAGCUUCUCCGCCCAGGAGAUUUCCUCCAUGGUCCUCCUCAAGAUGAAGGAGAUUGCUGAGACCAAGCUCGGCAAGAAGGUUGAGAAGGCUGUCAUCACUGUCCCCGCCUACUUCAACGACAACCAGCGUCAGGCUACCAAGGAUGCUGGUGCCAUUGCUGGCCUCAACGUCCUCCGUAUCAUCAACGAGCCCACCGCUGCUGCUAUCGCCUAUGGUCUGGGUGCUGGUAAGACUGACAAGGAGCGCAACGUCCUGAUCUACGAUCUUGGUGGUGGUACUUUCGAUGUCUCCCUGCUCAACAUCCAGGGUGGUGUCUUCACCGUCAAGGCUACCGCUGGUGACACCCACUUGGGUGGCCAGGACUUUGACACCAACCUGUUGGACCACUGCAAGAAGGAGUUCACCCGCAAGAGCAAGAAGGACCCCAGCGGCGACCCCCGUGCUCUCCGAAGACUCCGCACUGCUUGCGAGCGUGCCAAGCGUACCCUCUCCAGCGGUGCCCAGGCCACCAUUGAGAUUGACUCUCUCUUCGAGGGUGAGGACUUCACCAUGACCAUCACCCGUGCUCGUUUCGAGGAGCUCAACGCCAAGGCCUUUUCUGGCACUCUCGAGCCUGUUGCCCAGGUCCUCAAGGAUGCCGCUAUCGAGAAGAGCGCCGUCGAGGAGAUUGUCCUGGUCGGUGGUUCUACCCGUAUCCCCAAGAUCCAGAAGCUUCUGUCCGAGUUCUUCGACGGCAAGAAGCUCGAGAAGAGCAUCAACCCCGAUGAGGCCGUUGCCUACGGUGCCGCCGUCCAGGCCGGUAUCCUCUCCGGAAAGGCCACCUCCGCCGAGACCGCCGACCUUCUCCUGCUCGACGUUGUUCCCCUGUCUCUGGGUGUUGCCAUGGAGGGUAACAUCUUCGCUCCCGUCGUUACCCGUGGACAAACAGUGCCUUGCCUACGAAAGCGUGUGCUGCAUCCUUGCGAUGUACAUCUUGAUGAGUACAAGCGUACAAGCGUACCUACUUCCACCAUGGUGGUGGCAACGGAGGAAGGAGCUCACCAUCUCGCUUUUUACGCCAAUGGCGUGAGCUCUCGACCGAGGUGCAAGCGCGCCUGCCAUCACCAUGGUGGUGGCAACGAAGGAAGGAGCUCACCAUCUCGCUUGUUACGCCAAUGGUGUGAGCUCUCGACCGAGGCGCAAGCGCGCCUGCCAUCACCAUGGUGA